GAUCAAGAUCAUCGUUUGGGGCCAUUCCUUGGGUACGGCCGUGGCCGUCCGACUCGGGGCCGAUCUCCAGGCCGACGGCCAAAGCAGACGACCGGAUGGCUACGUUUUAUUGGCCCCUUUCAACAACAUGACGGAUGAGGUCAAGACUUUUAAAGUUAGUAAAAUGGUGGCUUUCUUUCUGGAUGUGACAAAGACCAUUCAAGACGCACAAGUCGAAUUUGAUAGCUCCAAAUGGAUAAAAGCCAUAAGGGAGCCCAUCACCAUCCUACAUUCCGUAAAGGAUUGCAUGGUUCCGAUUAAAUUGGGAAGGGCGCUUUACGAAGAGGCCAAGACCUGUUGCGACGUGGAUUUUGUGGAAUACAAUCCGGAUAUCUACAAGAUAGGCCAUGACUACUUCAUUCGAGAUCCAGAUCUCGUGGUCAAGCUGCGUGCCCUUAUCCAACGAAUUGACACUUAGGCUUAUUUUGAUGUAACGGAAUUUUGUUUAAAAGGCUAUUUUUGAUAUUAAAUUGAAGCAGAUUCAA